AUGUCUAUCGUAAUUGCCCCAAGUUCCUCAUUAAUAUACAAGGAGUGUAUAUCUGUCCCAGUUGUGUCAACACCAGCCGUAUAUACCGUAUACACAGCACCUUCCCCAACUAUCAUAACGACACAAAUACAACCCCGUCUUCCAGUUGUUUUUAUUUCUAAUCCAAUAGGAGGAAAAACCAUAAUAAUAUAG